CUAAGUGCACAUGGGGGCCUGCGGUUGAGAGACCAGCUCACUUCCAAAAGUCUCCUCGUCGGAGCAUCACGGAGCAGUCAGAACGGGAAACAACAGCCAUCACGCAGGAACUGAAAACUUGGGAGAAUGAAGCUGCUUUGGUCUUUUCUAGCACUCCUUGUGCUGUCAACACACCUUUGCUGCUGUGAAGAAGUCCACACUGAAGAGGCACCUGACUCUGAAGAACCUGUUGAGACUGGUGAAGAUGCCAGUCACUCCCCAGAUGAGAGAAAGCCUUGUGCUAACUGGAUGGGUGGAGUGCCAGGAACUCCUGGACACAAUGGUGCCCCAGGUAGAGAUGGAAGAGAUGGCCGUGAUGGACCAAAGGGUGAAACUGGAGAAGCAGGUCCUGCAGGUGAGAAAGGAGAUAUGGGGGAAGCUGGUAUCCCAGGCCCUGAAGGACCUCGUGGAUUUCCUGGAACCCCAGGACUAAAAGGAGAAAGGGGUGAGACUGCAAUGCUUUAUCGUUCUGCCUUCAGUGUGGGCUUGACAGAUCGCAUCCCUCUCCCCAAUGUGCCCAUUAAGUUCAGCAAGGUCUUUUACAAUGACCAAAGGCACUAUGAUGACAGCACUGGCAAGUUCCGCUGUGUCAUUCCAGGCGUCUACUAUUUCAGUUACCACCUCACAGUCUACCUAAAAGAUGUUAAAGUUAGCUUGUAUAAGAAUGACAAGACCGUGAUGUUCACCUUUGACCAGUUUCAAGAGAAUAAUGUAGACCAAGCCUCUGGUUCAGUUGUCUUCCACUUGAACUCAGGAGAUGAAGUGUGGCUGCAAGUGUAUGGAGAAGAAGGCUAUGCUGGAAUCUAUGCAGAUAACCUCAACGAUUCAACCUUUUCUGGAUUCCUUCUCUACCCUGAUAUGAAAGUAUCAAAUGGAGACCGUUAAGUAUAAAUGUGGAGAGGACAUGCCAGCUUUACCAUCUUCUAAUCUGUUUCAUUCAAUAGCAAUAGAACAUUCUGUCAACGAAAAAGAGGAACCAAGGGUGUGAAUGUCACUCCUUAAAGUUGAUGGCUAUUUUCUGUUUGUGUAAAAGUAAUUGAGGUCUCCUGGGUAGGUUAUGCAAAGUGUACCAAAGAAAAGAAAUGGUUCUCCUUUCAUAUUUUAUAUGAUUUUGGCUUCUUUUCUAUAUUUGGAUGCAAGAAAGCAAACUGCAGUCUAUAUUCUCUGUUUCUUUGUAUUUUUUCAGCAUUUGCACAGUAAUUAAGAAAUAAACAUAUGGCAGAAGAUGCAGCUCUCAUA